UGUCACAAAAAUGAAGGACAACCAAUCAGCUGACAGCUUGUAAAGAUUAUUUUUCCAUCGUGUAAUUUAUCAUAAUUGUGUAUAAUAUUACAUAAAAGAGUACAUUGUAACCAGGGAUCAGUGCAAUAAUUGUUAUAAAUAAGUUUUGUUUAUCUUUGUAAUGGCUGUAGUGAGAUAUAGUUGUUAUCUUGUGAGAAUAAUUUAAAAAAAAAUCAUGGAAGAACCUUCGACCAAUUUAAAAAACUCUAAAACACAUAUGAAUUCCAAAAUAUCUUAAGUUUUAGAGAAGACAAAAAAAAAAUCAACAAUUCCGAUAUCACACUAGUCUCAUUGUUUGUAAUUAUCAAAUAAUUACAUAAGAAAAAUACAGAUAUAUUUAUAUUUAUGUUAUUUUAAUUAAAAAGAAUCAUAUUAUAGUUGUUAUAUUCCAGUUGCAAUUUGUAUUCAAUACAAAAAAAUAUAUAUAUAAAAAAAUAAACUAUAAUAAUACAGAUUAGAAAAUAAAUGUUUACCAUAGAGUAAAUAUUACCAAAGAGAGAUUAUAUAUAAUUUAAAAAUAGAACAGUAGAUGUGGACUAUACGUAAAUGUUGCUUAGUAUAUGGAGCGGUAGGAAAAUAGGUGACAAGGAUAGAAAUAUUAUAAACGAGAAGAGGGAGAGAGAAGAGAAAUCAAAUAUGGCAGCGACAAUGGUAGAAACGCCUCCUCCUCAGUUGAUAACCACAAUAGAAUGGAGUAUGAUGGACAAGAGUAAAUUUUUUCCAUUAUAUACAUUAAGUAGUUUUACAGUCCGAUGCGCCCUCUAUCCGUUGACAUUAGUAAAAACACAAAUACAAGUACAGAGGAAAAAAGAGGCGUACAGCGGUGUUGUGGAUGCCAUAAAGAAGAUAUACGCUAAUGAAGGCGUCUCGGGCCUCUAUAGAGGAUUUUGGCUUUCAAGUUUUCAGAUAAUCUCCGGUGUUUUUUAUAUAUCCACGUAUGAAGGUGUCAGACAUGAGCUUGGGAAACACGAAAUAAGUCCGAGAAUGAAGUCGUUCAUCGCCGGCGGGUGUGCGUCUAUGGUGGGACAAACUAUCAUUGUACCAUUCGACGUGCUCAGCCAACAUCUCAUGGUGCUAGGUUUAGUUAAGGGUAGAACGGGAUGCAGCAAAAACCCCAAAAUCAACCCGUUAGGUCUGGACCUGGACAAAGGUUUAUCCAAGGCGGCGCUGGCCCGCGAGGUGGCGCUGCGGGUGUACCGGCUGCACGGCGCCUGGGGAUACUACCGCGGCUACGCGGCCUCGCUAGCCGCCUACGUGCCCAACUCCGCGCUCUGGUGGGCGUUCUACCAGGCCUACCAGGAGGAAUUACUGCGGAUCAGUCCGUUAUGGAUGUCGCAUUUGUUCCUGCAGUGCGUCGCCGGUACCUUGGGCGGCUUCACCACAACUUUCCUCACAAACCCACUGGAUAUCGUGAGAGCAAGGCUGCAGGUGGAAGGCGUAGGCUCAAUGCGACAAGUGUUCAAAAGCUUAUGGCGUGAAGAGGGACUCGCGGGGCUGUAUGUGAAGGGUCUGUCGGCGCGGCUGGUGCAGUCCGCGUGCUUCUCAUUCAGCAUCAUUCUAGGCUAUGAGAGCAUCAAGCGGGUGUCUGUCAGUGAGGAGUUCCGCCCCCACGUGCGCUGGUGAUGAGUACACGACAGCGAGCA